GGCGGCGGCGGCGGCGGUGGCGGCCCUGCCGGGGGCCCCCCAGGAGCGGCGGCGGCGGCGGCGGCCUCGGCCUCCCCCGGCGCAGCCCGGAAAUGUCCGGCCGGCUGGAGAAAGCAGACUCUCAGCGUUCUCAUCUCUCCUCCUUCACCAUGAAGCUGAUGGACAAAUUCCACUCGCCCAAAAUCAAGAGGACGCCAUCCAAGAAGGGGAAGCCCCCCGAGGUGUCGGUGAAGAUCCCAGAGAAGCCAGCGAACAAAGAGGCAACAGGCAGAUUUCUGCGAGAGGGCUGCCCUCUCCCCUUGGAUCUGGAGCAGCAGGCAGAGUUUAUGUCCGCCAGUGCUGUGGCCUCCAGGUCUCAAAGUCAGAAGAACUGGCUGGGAGAGAAGGAGAAGGAGGUGGUCAGUGCCUUGCGCUACUUUAAGACCAUCGUGGACAAGAUGGCGAUUGACAAGAAGGUCCUUGAGAUGCUCCCGGGCUCUGCCAGCAAAGUGCUGGAGGCCAUCUUGCCUCUGGUACAGAGUGACCCUCGGAUCCAGCACAGCUCGGCCCUGUCCUCUUGCUACAGCCGCGUGUAUCAGAGUCUUGCCAACCUCAUCCGAUGGUCUGACCAGGUGAUGCUUGAGGGUGUGAACUCGGAAGAUAAGGAGAUGGUGACCAGUGUAAAGGGGGUCAUCAAGGCAGUGCUGGACGGAGUGAAGGAGCUGGUCAAGCUGACCAUCGAGAAGCAAGGGCACCCGUCUCCCACCAGCCCAGCCAAACCCAGCUCCCCAGCCUGCAGGUCUGAUGGAGGCCAGUCUGAGGUGCCGCUGACAGACCGGGAGAUGGAGAUCCUGAACAAGACGGCCAGCCUGCCCCAGCCCCCUGAGCUGCUCCCGGACGCUGUGGACGGGGAACCCGCACCCCCCAAACCUCCUUUACCUGGCAUCCGGGUGGUUGAUAACAGCCCCCCACCAGCACUGCCCCCCAAGAAACGGCAAUCUGCCCCAUCCCCGACGCGUGUGGCGGUUGUGGCCCCCAUGAGUCGAGCCACUAGUGGCUCCAGCCUGCCCGCUGGCAUCAAUAGACAGGACUUCGACGUGGACUGCUACGCGCAGAGACGGCUCUCAGGGGGCAGCCACUCGUAUGGCGGCGAAUCACCCCGCUUGUCCCCCUGCAGCAGCAUGGGCAAGCUCAGCAAGUCGGAUGAGCAGCUGUCGUCACUAGACAGGGACAGUGGGCAGGGCUCCCGGAACACUAGCUGCGAGACCCUGGACCAUUACGACCCCGACUACGAGUUCCUUCAGCAGGACCUCUCCGACGCCGAUCAGCUUCCCCAUCACUUGGCCUGCAACCUGAGCCCGCUGCCUGAGUCCGCGAGCGAGGCCUGCUCUCCCUUCCUGGGCUCUCCUUUCCAGCUGCCUCCAGGUGGCUGCUCCCCACUUCCGCUGCCAGACGCACCCCCCGACCUGCCGCCUGCCCUGCCUGAGAAGAAGCGCCGGAGCGCAGCCUCCCAGACCUCAGAGGGCUCCUCAGGCUGUCGUGUGUCCUAUGAGCGCCACCCAUCCCAGUAUGACAACAUCUCCGAGGCUGACCUGCGCAACCCGGGCACCUUCCCACCCUUCGCCGCCGUCCUCCCCUUCCCGCAGGGCGAAUUCACUGUGCCCGAGCCCCCUGGGGACUCGGAAAAGCCACCACCCCUCCCGGAGAAGAAGAACAAGCACAUGCUCGCCUACAUGCAACUGCUAGAGGACUACUCGGAGCCGCAGCCAUCCGUGUUCUACCAGACGCCGCAGAGUGAGCACGUUUACCAGCAGAAGAACCGGAUGCUCAUGGAGGUCUACGGCAUCACCGACUCCUUCAGUGGCGCCGAUGGCCCCCAGGAGCUCGCCCCACCCCCCGCCCUGCCCCCCAAGCAGCGGCAGCUGGCCUCCUAUGCUGCUUCUUCCUUCUCUGUCUCCUACUGUGUCCAGCAUACUAAAGUGGCCUUCACUCCCGAGGACGGCAGUGCCGCUCCGGGCCUCAGUGCGUCCGUCUCUAACUCCCUUCUCAGCCGGCACGGUGCCUUGGCCGUGCCCUCGCACAAGUCCGUGCUCAGGUCCUACUCACAGGGCUUCGUGCCGCCAAGCCAGGCUUCCGGGCAGCCUUUCCUGCCACCUACCUCCUCCUCCUCCUCUCCACACUUCCCUCCUGUCCACCAGUCUCAGAGCUCUGACUUAGAGGGGCCCACUGCGGCCGGCCUGUCCUCCAGCACCGUGGACGGGCCUCUCUCGGCUUCUCAGGAGAGCACCUUUCCCGGGAACGCUGCCUGCCGUGCUCCCGAAACCUCUCCCACUGCCUCGCCCCUGCCGCCUCCGGGUGGCCAUGCUGGUGAGGACACUGGGGAGGGGGACUACGUUGGUCUCUCCUCAGGCCACAGCGGUGAGGAGCCGGCCGGCCCUUGGGGUGAGUCUCCGGCCAUGAGAGACGGACACCCCCGAGGCUCCUCAUCGGCCAGCGGUGCCUCCGGGACAGAGAACAGAGAUGGCGGGGAAAGGCUGCCAUCAUCCCCAGAGGCCGCUGAGUCAGCGCAGUCGGAGGAGGAAGUGGACGAGUUGUCCCUCAUCGACCACAGUGAGAUCAUGGCCAGGCUGACGCUCAAGCAGGAGGGGGAUGACGGUCCUGAUGUCCGAGGCGGCUCAGGGGAUAUCCUGCUGGUACACGCUACUGAGACGGACAGGAAAGACUUGGUGCUGUAUUGUGAGGCCUUCCUGACCACCUAUCGGACCUUCAUCACCCCUGAGGAGCUCAUCAAGAAGCUGCAGUAUCGCUAUGAGAAGUUCUCUGCCUUUGCCGACACCUUCAAGAAGCGUGUGAGCAAAAACACGUUCUUCGUGCUGGUGCGUGUGGUGGACGAGCUCUGUCUUGUGGAGUUGACCGAGGAGAUCUUGAAGUUGUUGAUGGAGCUGGUCUUCCGGCUGGUGUGCAGCGGGGAGCUCAGCCUGGCCCGUGUGCUCCGGAAGAACAUCCUGGACAAGGUGGAGCAGAAGAAGCUGCUCAGAUGCGCCAACUCUGACCAGCCCCUGGCAGCCAGGGGUGUGGCAGCCCGGCCAGGGACCUUGCAUGACUUCCACAGCCAUGAGAUUGCAGAACAGCUCACGCUCCUGGACUCUGAGCUCUUCUAUAAGAUUGAGAUCCCUGAGGUUUUGCUGUGGGCCAAGGAACAAAACGAGGAGAAGAGCCCCAACCUGACCCAGUUCACGGAGCACUUCAACAACAUGUCCUACUGGGUCCGCUCCAUCAUCAUGCUGCAAGAGAAAGCCCAGGACCGGGAGAGGCUGCUUUUGAAAUUCAUCAAGAUCAUGAAGCACUUACGGAAGCUGAACAACUUCAACUCCUACCUAGCCAUCCUCUCUGCACUGGACUCUGCACCCAUCCGCAGGCUAGAGUGGCAGAAGCAGACGUCAGAGGGCCUGGCCGAGUACUGCACCCUGAUUGAUAGCUCCUCGUCCUUCCGCGCCUACCGAGCGGCCCUGUCGGAGGUGGACCCACCCUGCAUCCCUUACUUGGGCCUCAUCCUUCAGGAUCUGACCUUCGUGCACCUGGGCAACCCUGACCACAUUGAUGGCAAGGUCAACUUCUCCAAGCGCUGGCAGCAGUUCAACAUUCUGGACAGCAUGCGCUGCUUCCAGCAGGCGCACUACGACAUCCGAAGGAACGACGACAUCAUCAACUUCUUCAACGACUUCAGCGACCACCUGGCGGAGGAGGCACUCUGGGAGCUGUCCCUCAAGAUCCGGCCCCGCAACAUCACCCGCCGGAAGACAGAUCGUGAGGAGAAGACCUAGGGUGGCGGCGCCUGCACAGCGCCAAAGCUCCAGCCACGGCGGGCACGGCACAGCAGGCGGGCUGGUGGGCAGCCCUCGCGUGGGCACAGCGUGUCCGGGAGCCCGGCCCAGGCCAGUUUGUGACGGUGGUUUUGUUUUGGUUCUUUCCGCUUCCACGUCUUCCUCUCCCCGCCCCAGCUGCUGGGCCCGACCUGCUGAAACAGGCCACAGGCCUGCACCCCCGAGUCCCCCCAACAAAGGGGCUGGGGCUCUCAGGAAGGCGCACAUGCGGCCUUGGCUGGUGUCACUUGCCCCCCCACCCAGAAGUGGUGGGGUGUGACCUGUCCCUUCUCCCAGGGGGCAGGAGGAGAACCCGACCACCCACACGGCCCCCCAGUGAGGGGACUGGGGGGGUGCGUUCCUGCCUCGGGGCCAGGCCCCCCUCCGCUUGCUGUGUGCCUUAAAUGCGAGCUCCUGCCCCGUCGCUCACUCCACGGGCUCGGGCCACCGCCCCACUUGGACCUGCCCUCACUGCUGAAGUCCCUCGCUGUUGAGGUCGACAAUCGGAGAUGGGAUGUGCAGGGGGCGCUGAUUCACCUGAUUGGGCUCCACGGGCCAAGACGUGGCCGGGGCGAACCGGGAUCGGAUACAAGAGGCUCUGCGGCCUUCAGGGCCAAUCGUGUGGGGUUCGGGAGGAAGAUGCCACCUGGCACUUUGGAACCCUUCGCUGGAUCUGAACAGCUCAUUCCCCUGCCCCUCAUCGGCCCAAGCAGAGAGAGGUGGCUGCUGGACUGGGGACCCCCCCCCCCCCCGCGUCACUUUAUUAUUUAAUGAGCGUGUGUAGAGUCUGGGGUGUGGCAGUGUUGUGUGUGGGUUGGGGUUAAUGAGUUCUGCUUUUCCAAGUCCUCCCAUUUCAAGCUUCCCCCACUCCUUUUCCUUCAGGGCUCUGCCAGACCCGGCUGUUCUGACAGCUGGGCCAGAGGGGUCCCUGGAGAAACACGGUUUCUGCCUUCCCUGCCCCUCCCUUGGUGAGGCGUCGCUGCCCAAAGAUGCCAUGGCGUGGGCCGUACGUCUUUUAACUUAUUGCUGACCACGUCCCAUUCCCCUCCUGGCUGCAAGCUGCCAUCCCGCAUUGGCACUGCAGCUGCUGUGGGCCGAGCCAGGCCAGGUGGGGCCCAGCUAAUGGCGUCUGAGCAGGUGAGCCAGGAGCAGAACCCAAACUGAAACCGGAAAUGGUUCCGUGAAGGCUCAGGGCCUGUCAGGCCUUCCCAGUGUUACAUUGUAAUAUGCCCCCACUAACCCGGCAGAGAGCAACCCUUUCUGCAGAAAUUUGAGAUGUGUAACUUUUAUACAGAAGGGGAAUAAACAGCAAAAGCCAAA